GGCUGUAGUGAAUUAUUCCAAAAAUGUACCACUGCUUAUAUAACAUGUGACGAUCGGUGUUUAAUCCACCUUCGGUGCCAAGAACUGUAUGUGCAUUUUUUUAUAUCCGCCCUAACGCUGUGCGCACACGAUUUAGCCAUAAAUUAUACUUUUCCUAAUCGCUGACCUUUAUCACGGUAUAUACCAGAAAUGUAUCUAGUAUUGUUAUCGGUAGUAUUCUUCCUGCACGCGGCCAGUGCCCAGUCGAAUCCGGCUGUUGCCAGUGUCGCCGCGCCGGUUGUCGUGCUGCCCGCCGCCAGUGUGAAUACUGCGGCAGUCGUCCCGAAAGAUGAUGACCCUUCGUGCAAGGUGCUGGAACAAUUGUCGCCCGCUGGAUCCAAAUGUCUGGUGUCGGGCUGUUAUGCGUACACAAGGAUCGCUUGUAACAAUGCAUCAAAUGCGGAUGUAUCCAGCGCGCUGGAUUACUUUGUCAAAAAUAAGCCUAUGGUGACCACCGCGGAUGUUAACACGAAUCCCAUACAUCUGCGCUUAAUCGGCGGUGCUCUGAAUUUCAGCCGGGAUAUCUUUACCGUCAGCAGCGGCGGUUCCGUUAUAAAUAUGAUCGACACACUGGAACUGACCGGGACCGACAUCGGUGCCAAUGCCGACAGCGCCUUCGACGGACUGGUCAACAUGACCAAAUUAUCCCUGGACAAAGUGCCGAUAGAAAGCCUCAGUCCGGCCACCUUCGACGGCUUGCCCGCGCUCAGUACACUGUUCCUGUCCAACCUCCCCAAACUGAAGAAGAUGAACGCGGGAUUCGCUGACACUCUGGUCAACAGCAGCAACUUCAAGUGCCUGCGGAUGGACAUGGCCAAUGCCGAUACACAGCUGCCCUGCGACUGUAGCGCGGUGACCUCGGUGCAGAAUUAUCGCAAAAGCCUCAACGCCACCGCUCGGGCAUUGCAGGACAAAAUCAACGCGCUGAUGUACGCCAACUGUGACAUCAAUGUGGCCUGCGUGUCCGGAGCGCAGAAGGUGAACGCGAAGGAUGUCAAUAUCAGUGAAGUGUGCAAGCAGGUUACCGAUAAACCCGCAGCCGGGGCUGCCACCGAUAAGGCUGCAGCAGGAACAACGGCCGCGCCCAAAUCGGGCGGCGGCAAUGCGGCGGCCACUUUCCAUGGGAAUGUCUUGAUUCUGCUGGCGUCAGUGUUGCUUGUCGGCCUGCCGGUUAUGGUUGUGUAAAUGGAAAGAUGUUUGCCCAGUUAAUAGAGAAAGUGUCAGUUUGUGGCCGCCUCGGAUAUUGUGAUAUUUUUCCAUCGUAAAUAUGCAGCGUUGUCGUUGUUGCAGAAAACUUCGAUGGAUG